AAACCAGAUUCGCCAGUGCAAGCCGGCAGGCGCUCCGGAUAGUCCACGUUUUCGUCGUUGCAUCGCGUUGAUCGCCGACCGGCUUAUUCGAACUGACUAUUUUUCGAAUUCGCUAAAAUUUAUUGGAAUCUCGACCGGAAAUUUAAAAGGUUACUAAAUACUGUACGAAAUUUGUACUUGUUCGAUCGUACAUUAUAACACUGUCUAUUGUUUAAGUGAAGUUGUUUUUUAUACUGUGCGAUAUUGUUUUACGCUCAUCGACAUGCUAGCAGAGGCUUUCAGCUCUUGACAUUUGUUUUGAAGGCAGCCAAUAGAAUUUCAGGCAUUUAUUACGAUUGGAUAUGCUAACACGUUUAAUUAACACAAAAUAUGAACCAACAGUGUAAAGUUUGUGGAGAACCGGCCGCCGGCUUCCACUUCGGAGCAUUCACCUGCGAGGGCUGUAAAUCUUUUUUCGGCCGAACCUACAACAAUUUGAGUUCCAUUUCGGAAUGCAAGAACAAUGGCGAGUGCGUCAUCAACAAAAAAAACCGGACAUCGUGCAAAGCGUGCCGACUCCGGAAAUGCCUAUUGGUGGGCAUGUCAAAGAGUGGAUCCAGGUACGGUCGCCGAUCUAACUGGUUUAAGAUCCAUUGUCUCCUUCAAGAUCAAAAUGCAGCAGCGGCUGCGGCCACUCAUGGCCACCAUCGGCCCCCUUCUCUCAACAUGCCCGGUGGUUUUAACGGGUCGCCCCUAUACCAAGCCGGUUUGAUGCACCCCGGACAUCAUUUCCUCGCCACCGACAAGUUCCUGCAGGCCCGGCUUAACGGUUAUGGUGCCGCGCUCAUGGCACAAGACGACGCGUCUUGCCGAACGGCCGGUGACGCGGCAUGGGUGAAACGUGAAAAGUGUUCGGCGUCUGACGAUUCCGGAGGUUCGUACAUGCAUGACGAUGAAGACGGGUCGUGCAAGGCCAGUCCAGUGCGCCGGCAUAGCCCAUCGCCGAAUCCUCCCGACAUGGCUCCGUCGCCUUCGUCAUCCACGUCCAGCGAUGCUAAACGCGUCCGACUAUCCGUUAGCCCGACCACCGUUCUCAACCCUCGCGUAUCUGGUUUUCAUUCGCCGUACUACCCGUUGUCUGUCACUCGGCCGGGCCUUACACCUUUCGGCGGAGGUCUGACACUUUCAAUGGCUACGGCGGGUUGGUACGCCAACCGUUCCGCUACUGGUGGUGAUCUCAUGUUAUCCAGUCCAGCACCGGGUGGUGUCGCUGUCGAACAAGAAUAUCCAAUCGACUUGUCUUUUAAGAGUACCUCUUCGCCUCCCCCAGAACAGCAAUAUGCCAAAUACAGCCGAUCGCCCCCUCAUUCGGACAUAAAAUCAACAGAGGCUUCUUUACCUCUACCGCCGUCGCCGCUAGAUUUGACGAAGAGAACAGCUGAAGUGUCAUGUGAUUAAAUGGUAAUCGCUAAACAUUCUAUAAAAAAAAAAAACCCUUUGUACACGAAACCCGUAAAAAUUUUUUUUGUAAAUAUGAUGUAAACAACUUAAUUUUA